CUGCCCCUUCCUCUCCCCCACGAUCCCUCCUCCCUGUGGCGCGUGUGCCGGCCUCCUCUCCCUGCGCCCCUCUCCUCCUUCUCCUUACGGAUGCUUCGAUCUUCAAGUGGCCUCCUCCGGCUCGGCCUGCUGCGCGGCGCGGCGCCGGCCGCCCGAGCCCGGGCGCCCCUCCCCUGGAUGAGCGGCGCCCCGGCGCGGCCGCUGCGCCCGCUCGCCGGCGCCCUCUUCAGCUCGGAUGCGUACCACUACCACCCGGGCCCGAUCGAGACCAAGUGGCAGGCCAUCUGGAAGAAGGCUGAUGCGGAAGUCGCCGCGGCCGGUGGCUCGGAGCCCCUCUUCAACUCCAUGGCCGGCAAAAAGUACGUCCUCUCGAUGUUCCCCUAUCCCUCGGGCCACCUGCACAUGGGCCACGUCCGGGUGUACACCAUUUCCGAUGUGGUGGCGCGCUUUGCCCGGCAGCAGGGCCUCAAUGUGCUGCAUCCGAUCGGCUUCGAUGCCUUCGGCCUGCCGGCGGAGAAUGCGGCCAUCGAACGCGGCAUCGCCCCGGCCGAGUGGACCCGCCGCAACACGGCGCACAUGCGCGAGCAACUCCGCACCCUCGGCAUCCAGUUCGACUGGGACCGCGAGCUGAGCACCUGCGACCCGGGGUAUUACCGGUGGACGCAGUGGCUCUUUGCCGAGCUCUUCCGCAAGGGGCUGGCCUACCGGCAGGAGGCCGCCGUCAAUUGGGACCCGGUCGACUGCACGGUGCUGGCCAAUGAGCAGGUGGAUGCCGAGGGUCGCUCCUGGCGCUCCGGGGCCCUGGUCGAGCGCCGGCAGCUGCGCCAGUGGUUUGUCCGGACCACCAGCUUCGCCGAUGACCUGCUCCACGAUUUGGAGUCGGUCGACUGGCCGGAGAAUGUCAAGCAGAUGCAGCGCAAUUGGAUCACCUACGGCCGGUAUGCGGUCACCCUGCCGGCGGUCGAUGUGGCCCCGGGGCUGGUGGCCGCCCUUGCGGCCGGCACCGGCACCGGCGCCGGCCGCGGCACCCCCAGCAAGACGCCCCCUCCGGCCAUGGAGGUGUCGGUGGCCAGCCUGCUGGAGCUGGACGCCGCUGGGUUUGUGGUCGUCGGCCCGGGGCACCCGCUGGCCGAGGCGGCCCGGGCCCUGGACCCGGAGGGUGCCACCGGCCAGGCCGUCAGCCGGCUGGCCGAGGCGCUGGCCGCCGGGGGCCCGGUCGAUGAAGACCCCGCCACCGCCAACAUGGCGGGGGUCCUGCUGCCGGGAGUGACGGUGACCAGCCCGCUGGACAAGCACCGGCGCCUGCCGGUCUAUGUGGCCGCCUAUGCCGACAUCCUUGGCCGGCGGCAGGACCACGCCCUGGCCGGGGCCGACGGCGUGGCCGACGGGGAGGCCGACCUGGAGAAGGUCCACCUGCCGCGGGCCUUCCUCGGGACGGCCGGCUGCUCGCUGGCGGUGGCCUUUGCCCGGGAGCAUGGCCUGGACCUGCCGGCGGAUCGGCCCCUGCGCGGGUCCGCUGCCCAUGCCCGGCGGCAGGAGGUCUUCCGCGCGUUGGACCGCGACCGGCGCAUCCGCCACCCCCUGCGUCUUCGGGACUGGCUGAUCUCGCGCCAGCGCUUCUGGGGCUGCCCCAUUCCGGUGGUCUACUGCCAGGACCGGUGCGCCGGGUCCGGCGAGGAGGGCGCGGUCCCGGUGCCGGAUGCCCAGCUCCCGGUGUCCUUCCCGGAGUCAUCUUCGCCGGAGAAGCUGGCCGGCCGGUCGCUCGGCCAGCUGCUCGAGGAGUGGCGCCAUACCACCUGCCCCUGCUGCAACGGCCCGGCCCUGCGCGAGACCGACACCAUGGACACCUUUGUCGACUCCUCGUGGUACUUCAUGCGCUACUGCGACCCGCACAAUGACAAGCAAAUCUUCGACCCGAAGCAGGUGAACCAAUGGAUGCCGGUGGACAUCUACGUCGGCGGUGUGGAGCACGCCAUCCUGCACUUGCUCUAUGCGCGAUUCAUCACGAAGUUCCUGCACUCCGAGGGCCACAUCGAGUCCACGGUGGAGCCCUUCCAGAAGCUGCUUGUCCAGGGCCUCGUCAAUGGGGCCACCUACAAGUCCCCGGUGACCGGGGCCUACCUCAAGCCGCAUGAGGUGGAUAUGACGGUCGACCCGCCGGUGGACAUCGCCUCCGGCCAGCCGGCUGCCAUGACCUUCGAGAAGAUGUCCAAGUCCAAGUACAAUGGCGUGGACCCGGAGGUGGCGGUCAGUGCCUUCGGUGCCGAUACCGUGCGCGUGUUCAUCCUCUUCAAGGCCCCCUACGAGCAGGUGCUCGAGUGGGACGACAAGGCGGUCGCCGGCCCGGCCCGGUGGCUGCGCCGCGUGUGGGCCCUGGCAUCCGAGCAUGCCGAGGGCGUGCACGCGGCCGGGGGCCCGCCCGCGCCGCCGGCCGCCAGCCCGGCCGAUCGGUCGAGCGCCCUGCUGCAGCUCCGCGCCCUGACCCAUUCCACGGUCGAGCGCAUCACUCGCACCCUCUCCGAGACGUACACCUUCAACCUGGCCAUCUCCGACCUGAUGAAGCUGACCAAUGCCCUGGCCGAGGUGGCCGAGGAGGAUCGUCGCUCGCCGGAGUACCACGAGGGCGUGGUCCACCUGCUCCAGAUGCUGGCCCCCUUCGCGCCCCACAUUUCCAGUGAGCUCUGGGAGACCAUCCACCCCGGUGAAUCCAUCACCGAGGCCGGCUGGCCCAAGGUCGAUCAGAAGGCCAUCCGCGAUGCCGUCGAGCUGGUCGACAUCACCCUACCGGUGAUGAUCAAUGGCAAGAACCGCGGCCGGGUCGUCUACACCCCCGGUCAGCUGGAUGGCAAGGCGCUGCAGCAGCAUGUCGAAGCCCUGGCCCGAGCUGUCCCCACCAUCAACGGCCACCUCGCCGACCAGACCAUCGACAAGGUCAUCUUCGUUCCUGGGCGCCUGCUGAACUUCGUGCUCGAGAAGAAGUGAGUGCGUUGGCAGUGGGGCGAUCGGCGCGCCUGUUGCGGCCCCCCCCC